AUGGACGGCAGCGUUACUGUCAACGCUGGUCUCUUCAAGCGCAUGCGCCGAAACACCGAGGGCUGUCUCAAAGGUAUGCUGAAACCUGCCACUACUGUUCCACAAGUCAUGCACCCCACUCAAGCGGCGGCUGAUCAAGAAACAGUCGAUUCGGAAGCGUGGUCUGUUGAAGCGUGGUCUGUUCAAGCUGGCGGCGACUUGCACGAUCUGCGGGCUGCACGUUCCGAAAGCUGGCCGUGGAAUGCAACAGUCGGCCAGAAUGCUGCGACUCCAACGUUUACCCCCGUCUACGACAGUCAGGCCUUGGUCUCUCCUCUGUCCGAGGACCGGAUCUGGGCGGAGGAGGUGAGCUCUGCUCUCGACGACGCUCACAGGCGAUCGACAGCCAAGCACGACAGCUAUCUCAGCAUCGUCAAGAGGUCAUCGCAGCACGGGUUCCCCGCACCUCCUGAGCACGAAGUCGAGCAGUACAACACAAAGCAAUUACCGGCGACCCCAGCACGGCGAACAUCAACGAUCAACAUGCAGUCGUACAGGUCAAAGUUUCGUGAGGAGCUCAACCUGCAGAGGAACCAGUCAGCGGAGAUCGCUCAGGCUAAAGCCAAGGCCCAUUCCUCCACAUGCUCGAAGGUCGUGGAGCCUGGAGUCACUCGGGACGAGGAACACCUCUACCGAAGCGAAGAGAUCUCGCCCGAGCUGAGGUGGCAGGCUCGCAACUACAUCAAAUCCGAUCGUCAGUCGACUUGGGUCUCGCGGAUCGAGAAGAGGGUGGAACGAGACAGAGAGGGCAGGGGACUCUUGUUGAGCAAGGAUCAGGAGGAAUGUCCGCAAUGA